CUUUCUGAGUAUUCAUUUGAUAAGUUUCUUAACUAGGCUAAGAAAAAUGGCAAUUAAGCUUGCACUGGUAGUCACACUUUUUCUAGUCUCAUGCGCUGUUUCAAUGGGAAGAUCCCUCACACUUUUGACAAAAGAACUUGAUCGUUAUAGUUUUCCUCCUGGUUUUAGUUUUGGUGUUGGUUCUUCAGCUUAUCAGUAUGAAGGUGCAGUCGCAGAAGGAGGGAGAACACCUAGCAUUUGGGACAACUUCACACAUGCAUAUCCAGAAAGGACGAAUAUGGAAAAUGGAGAUAUUGCCGUUGAUUUUUAUCAUCGAUAUAAGGAUGACAUCAAGUUGAUCAAGGAAAUGAAUAUGGAUACUUUUAGAUUUUCCAUCUCUUGGUCAAGAAUAUUACCAAGUGGAAAACUAAGCGGUGGGAUAAACAAAGAAGGAAUUCAAUUCUACAAAAAUCUCAUUGAUGAAAUUAUCAAGAACGGCAUAAAACCUUUUGUAACUAUCUACCAUUGGGAUAUCCCCCAAGCUCUAGAUGAUGAGUACGGUGGAUUCUUAAGCCCACGAAUCAUUGAUGAUUUCCGGAACUUUGCAAGAGUGUGCUUCCAGGAAUUCGGUGACAAAGUCGAUAUGUGGAUAACUUUUAAUGAGCCAUAUAUUUUUAGUGUUGCGGGUUAUGACAAGGGUAAUAAAGCAAUGGGACGUUGCUCAAAAUGGGUAAACAGCUUAUGUGUGGCUGGUGAUUCAAGCAUCGAACCUUAUUUAGUCUCUCAUUAUCUUCUUCUAGCUCAUGCUGCAGCUGUUGAAGAGUUUAGAAACUGCGACAAGAUCUCACAAGACGGUAAAAUAGGCAUAGUAUUAUCACCUUUCUGGGUUGAACCUUAUGACGUUGAUUCCAAUGCUGAUAAAGAAGCAGUCAAACGAGCUCUUGAUUACUAUCUUGGUUGGCAUCUUGAUCCUCUAAUCUUUGGAGACUAUCCAGAAACACUUCGAGAAAAUGCUGGAAAUAGAUUGCCUUCUUUCACCAGAAAACAAACUGAAAUGAUAAAAAAUUCGUUUGAUUUUAUUGGAAUAAACUACUACAGUGCUCGAUAUGUCACACGGCAGCUUCACAACGACCCUUCAAGACUGCGUUUCACGACGGAUCAACACGUGGAGUACAAAGUGACAAAUCGUAAUGGCGAUUACAUUUCUUCAGAAUCGGAUGAACUAAAAUUUAUCUAUGUAUUUCCCGAAGGCAUACGAAAGCUUUUAAAUCAUAUAAAAAAUAAAUACAACAAUCCAACCAUCUACAUAACUGAAAACGGAUAUGAUGACUACGAUGUUGGGACUAAGCCACGUGAACAACUAUUAAAGGACAUAAAGAGAAUCGAAUACCACGAGAAACAUCUUCAAGAACUCCACAAAGCUAUCACGUAA